AGCAUUUCACCACACGUGACUUCCGGUCGCCAGUUUGACGGCAUGCGGAUGCUGAUUCCAGAUCAGCCCGUACAACGCUUUCGCUGUUGGGUUGUACUUCACAAAACGGCACGUACCUGACGUGGGAUCAGUCGAUGCCCGAAAUUCCCAAUGAAUGUACAGAGACGACAGCAUUCGUAACAAGUGUAGACGUACACGGAUUUCAUUCAGCGGUCUGAUUUUGAGUUGCUGGCCAUAAAUUGAUCUGUUGGCUUCACACAAAGAUUCGCAGUAUUAUCAGCCGUUUGUGCUGAAUCCGAAGCCAACCUGGAGGAGGCAGGAGUAUCGAAGAUAUGCACUCAGCAUGGAUUUUAUGUAAUUCCAACAGGAUGUGAAGAAAUGGCUCCCGAAAAGGAACAGAGAGGGACCAGUCGUGUGAUCUUGGUCAAGAAGAUAAUUAUGCGGGAUGGCAAUGUGGCACAAGCAGGUAUUGGGAAAGCCAGUGUGGCUCAUGCCGUGGUGGUCAUCUUCCUUGAGUUUUUUGCCUGGGGACUGCUUACCACCCCAAUGUUGACGGUUCUGCAUGAGACGUUUCCGCAUCACACUUUCCUGAUGAAUGGCCUCAUUCAAGGAGUAAAGGGUUUGCUGUCCUUCAUGUGUGCUCCGCUGAUCGGGGCCCUGUCUGACGUGUGGGGGCGGAGAUCUUUCCUGCUGGUGACAGUCUUCUUCACCUGUGCUCCCAUCCCUCUAAUGAGGCUCAGCCCCUGGUGGUACUUUGCCAUGAUCUCCAUGUCGGGGGCCUUCUCUGUCACCUUCUCCGUCAUCUUUGCAUAUGUGGCUGACGUCACAGAAGAGAAGGAGAGAAGUACAGCCUACGGACUGGUGUCGGCCACGUUCGCGGCCAGCCUGGUGACGAGCCCGGCCAUCGGGGCGUACCUGUCGGCGCGCUACGGCGACAACCUGGUGGUGCUGGUGGCCACGCUGAUUGCGCUGGCCGACAUCUGCUUCAUCAUGCUGGCCGUGCCCGAGUCCCUGCCGGAGAAGAUGAGGCUCACCACCUGGGGAGCGCCCAUCUCCUGGGAACAGGCCGACCCAUUUGCUUCGCUGAGGAAGGUGAGCAAGGACCCCACGGUGCUGAUGAUCUGCAUCUCCGUCUUCCUCUCCUACCUGCCCGAGGCUGGACAGUACUCCAGCUUCUUCCUCUACCUCAGACAGGUCAUAAACUUCACCCCCGCGACGAUUGCCGUGUUCAUCGGGGUGGUGGGCAUCCUCUCCAUCGUGGCACAGACUCUGGUGCUGACGCUGCUGAUGAGGAGCAUCGGGAAUAAGAACACGGUGCUGCUGGGGCUGGGCUUCCAGAUUCUACAGCUGGCCUGGUACGGCUUUGGCAGCGAACCAUGGAUGAUGUGGGCUGCGGGGGCCGUGGCAGCCAUGUCCAGCAUCACCUUCCCUGCCGUCAGCGCCCUGCUGUCUCGCAGCGCAGACCCCGACAAGCAAGGCUUGGCACAGGGCAUGCUGACGGGCAUCCGGGGGCUGUGUAACGGCCUGGGCCCUGCCCUCUACGGCCUCAUCUUCUUCAUGUUCAACGUGGACCUCAACGGCAUGGAGCCCAUGGAGCCCGACUACCCCAUCCCCCCACUGGACCCGCCUGAGAGGACGAUGAUCCCAGGCCCUCCUUUCCUGCUGGGCGCGUUCGCGGCCGUGGCAGCCUUCCUAGUCGCCCUCUUCAUCCCCGAGCGGAGCGCGGAGGAUCCCGAGGUGGCCAUGUGUCACACGCGCAAGCCCAGCUGCGAGUCCCUGGCCAGCGGCUCGGGUUCCGGCUCGGGCUCCGGGUCUGACCUGCCCGAGGCCCACAUCAACGUACCGCUGCCGGGCAGCGAGGACGACCUGGACCUGGACUUCGAACCUUUGCUGCAGGACAGCACCGUGUAAAAUUUACAAAAUGGCCGACAAAUCAGCCUCCCAAUACCAAGCAUCAUGAAUUACCAACGAGCUUCACUGCUUCAAUUGUGAAGCUUUGGUUAGUGGUUUGUCCACUUUGUAUACGAUCAUUGGACAGGACAGCACUGUGUAAAUAACAAAGUGGCCGAGGGAGCCCCUUACCAAUACCAAGCAUCAUGAAUUAGCCAAUGGCAACCAGCUUUGUUGCUACAAUUGUGACGGUUUGGUGGUCUGUUUGUCCACCUUGUGUAUACAGUCAUUGGAAUUUUCCACCAGCCCACGAUCAACCAGCUAUUACAGUAAGCUCUUGUUAGACUGACUACGGUACAUAUGUGACCUCAUGAUUCCCCAAUAUUCCUCUGUAGGUACUCUUGGCAGGGGUACGUUGUGUGCGGAGGGCCACAUCAUGGGUUUUUUUAGUAGUGGGAGGACUCUUGCUCCUUCAUCCCUCUCAUCUAUGUAUUUAAACACCAGCUUUGGCACACAAUCUCAUUACCAUUCAUCAAUUAUCAUUUGUACACACACACACACACACACACACACACACACACACACACACACACACACACACACACACACACACAACACACACUAUGAGAUUGAUGUGCUGUUCACGUUGGUUUUGCUGACUCUAGAGAGGACAGUGCUGAGAUUGAAUGAUAUUGAGGUGCUUUGCUCUCUCUGGUGGUGUUGUUUAAGAGCUCACAGUAAGAGAGGGGAAAACUGACUUGAGCGUGGAAGGCUGCUUCCAAAUGCUGAUUUUUAAGCCCAGAAAGACAGAGAGAGCUCAUCUGCUGCUUCAACUAUAUAUUAUUAACUUGAGGACUAACUAUUGUGUUCUUCAGGAGCCAUAAACGAAACAAAUAACAAAGUGUUUUUUUAUUUUAUUUUGGAAUCGGGAAUUUGCUGCUAUAUCCCCGCUGAGACUUUGAUUCCAUUUUAAAACCAGGAUGGAACACGGCCUUGGGGCAUUGUUACAUAUCCAGUGAGUGGAGUGUUCCGAAAGUACAAAAUACAAAGAAUUCAAGGCGCUUUUUUAAAAUGAUGUCAAGGGUCAGUUCAACUCGGGUGUUUUUGCACAAAACCUGGUGGGAUGAGUUGGAACCUUAACAGGCACAUGCUCCUUAGCAUCAGUGUCUUGUGUGUGUAUAUAUAAGCUGUGGAUAUGUGUACAGUAUACCGUGGGGACAAACUACAUGUUAGCUUUGACGGAACUAUAGGAGAGAAGGCUUAACCAUUUGAAAUGGUGAUGAGAUGUUUGAGGGGUGAUAUGAUUGCAGCUCCUGAUGAAGAUUCUGUGCAGAUGAGGUUCGUUUUAGUGAAAGGCUUGCGUUACCUGGGGGUUAAGUUACACAAAGUUGAGCACACAUGGGACUGGUGAAUUGGACAUGUACAGAAUGUUUACAUGUUUAAUUUCUAUGCAGUACUGUUGUAUUAUGUUACAUUGUACAAAACAUUAGUUUUUGCUGUACAUAACAUUUAUACGCCACACGCAUGUAGUCAGUUUGUAUGUACUUUUCUUAUUUACGUUCCUUUACAAUUAUUAGCACUCUGACCUUUUACUUUCUAAUUUCUAUUUGAUAAUUCUGUAAUAUUUUUUACUCCUUUUCGUUUUGGUCUCCUUUUUUGAAGGGACUUGAUUUUAAUCUACUUUUAUUGAAAGCAUUUCUGGGAUUACUGGUAUAUGUAUUUAUUGCAAACGUUAGGAGUCGUUUAACCAAAAAGCAGCUCCACAUCUUUGGUGAAUGUGAGAGAGUGCUUCACCAGCUACCUCAGGUUCGGAGGAUGUUAUCUGAGUGUGAAUACAACUUGCCGCUCCUACCUAUGGUUGCUCUCUCUCUAUCUCUCUCUCUCUCUCUCUCUCUCUCUCUCUCUCUCUCUCUCUCUCUCUCUCUCUCUCUCUCUCUCUCUCUCCCCUGGUGUCUGACUAGAAAAGGCCUCGCUAAUAUCAAGGGCUGUUAUUGGACAGGUCAACAGUGUACAUAUCUUAGUAGUGUAAUACCUGUAAUUCCCUUUGGACUAGUCUUACAGCAGUUCGCUAGGUGUUGAUGCGUAUAAUGUCUGUACAGUAGGUUAUGCAGUAUACAUCUGCCCCUGCCGGCUAGGGUAAGGAAGCAUUCACGGUCAGUAUUGUGUGUAUGUAAUAUGUCUAUAUAUGUUGCAUUUAUGUAUGCAGUUGUUUGUGGAUGGGUUAAGGUGUGUGUGUGUGCGUGUGUGCGUGCGUGCGUGCGUGCGUUUCAUAUAGCUGGGCAAACAUUUCUUGUUUUAAUUGCAAACACACAUACAGUUACAAACACACACACACACAAGUACCAUUCUUUGUAGUCCGUACGUAAAUACGUAAUGAAUGGCUGUAUGGCAAUAGUUGUAUUGAAUUAACUGGCACAGUAAAUAUUUGGUCAUACAGUAAUUUAAAUAUGUUGCCAACUGCAGCACAAGAAAUCCUUUUUGUAAGCACGAUACCGUCACGAUACUGUUUAAUUUCUCCUCCUAUUCAGUUAUUCUUAGACUUUUAUUGGCAUGCUAAUGAACAAAGCCGAUAUGAGUAAUAUACAUUAGCAGCCACAAUCAGAAAUCUGGUGUAAAGGACACAUUGAUAUUUUACAAACUUUGUUAGAGAGGACUCCUUUAGGCUGUGAAUCAAAACAACCGCACAGUUUCCAGGAUGAAUGCAUUCUUGUAUUGCUCCCAUCAAUUAUAACAAGGUCAGGUUUUAAGGCUAUUUGUAUCGCGCUCUCGCACACACACACACACACACACACACACACACACACACACACACACACACACACACACACACACACACACACACACACACACACACACACACACACACACACACACACACACACACACACACACACACACCAUUUACUCGGCUGGGCAGUGCAGGGCUUGAUAAUGUGUUCAGAUUGGCCCAGGGCAUGAGUCUGGCUGAUAAGGAAGUAACCAUACCUACACUUUCCUGCUCGGAGCGCCACAGGAGAGAUCCCAUACACUGAUGAAAUAAGGCAAUUUUCCAUGGUUAAUGACUGCAGUGUGUGUGUGUGUGUGUGUGUGUGUGUGUGUGUGUGUGUGUGUGUGUGUGUGUGUGUGUGUGUGUGUGUGUGUGUGUGUGUGUGUGUGUGUGUGUGUGUGUGUGUGUGUGUGUGUUUGUUUGUUUGUUUGUUUGUUUGUUUGUUUUGUUAGUGAAAGGGAUAAAGAGAAACAGGGAAUGGCCUGUUUGUGAAUAAUAUACACACAGCCUGUAACUGUAAUGUAUUAUAUUAAUGACAGUGUAAAUAAAUAAGUAAAUAAAUGAGAGGUCCAUGUUGAUUGCACUGUAUACAUAAAGAUGUCUAGAUGUCUAUGACUGAUGACUAGAGAAAAGUGAUAUUCUGUGACGUUCUUUUUUUUUUUUUUGGGAGCAGACAGGACACCAUUGUGUGUUUUGCCAAAAUUAAUUAAAAUGUUUUGAUAAGGCGAUGGCAGCAAUGGCAGACGCUGACGUGGGUGUUGUAUCUACAAUGAAGAGAAAGGCCUUUGAGAGGAAUCAUCACCUUUUUAAACGUGUUUGACAAAGAGUCUGUUCAGCGUCUGUGGAAGUCACAGUGUUUAGUUUUUGCACCUUUUUAACAGUUUUAGGCUGAUGACAGAUGUGCCUAAAAGUGCGACUAUCUGUUGUGUUUGUCACCAAAUGAAAGUGGGCAAAUGAAAAAAAUGGUUAAGGUUCGGCACUGUAUGUGAAUCAUUGGUGGUUCUGCCACAGCGAUGCCACAUUUAAUAUGUACGCUGACUUAUGUAUUGAUAAUAAACUUGUCCUGUCUGUCAAAUCUCACCAAGAGCUGAAAAUUAUUAAUAAAAAGAAACAGCCAAGAGAGUGACUGCUUAGUGUUUUGCUUGUUUACAUCCCGCAGUACCACAUUUUCACCACUGUGUGGAGCUGUGGUUCCAUUUUUUCCCGGCCCUUCUUGAACAAAGAAAA